AGCCACUCUGUCCUUCCCUACUGCUCUCUUCUUGACGUUAUCAGAGGACUGGGACUCGCGAGAGAGGACUCAAGGACCUCUAGGACCUAUUAACUUGACAGCCCCGCCCCUCUGUUCAAGCCAGCCAAACUCGGAGAACUCAGAGUCAUCCUCGAGAGUAAAGAAAGCUCUUAAGAGUUUUUUUUUUUUUUAACCUAUUUUAAAUGUCAGUCCAAUAUCCACGGGAGCGAGCGACAGCAGGUGAGAAACCUGGAAAUGAGCCUGAAGAGGUGAGGCUGCAGAAUGCCAGCAAACAGAUUGUGCAGAAUGCAAUCCUGCAAGCCGUGCGGCAAGUCUCCCAGGAGAGUCAGCACAGGGAAGAGCGAAUCAGCGACAGCCGGGGCCACAUCCAGCUGGGUGUUGGGGAGUUAACCAAGAAGCACGAAAAGAAGUAACAUGGUGCAUUUAGCUCUUGACGUGUGCUCAGUUUCUAGCCUUCCUCUUAGUAUAGGACGCAUCACCAAAAUGUUGCCAAUUAAGUAAACCGAAGUGUCAUUGGCACCUAGAUGUAGAAUGAAUCUGCACUAGCCCCCGGCUGAAAAGCACUGUUUUGAAAAAGUGCAUUAGAUGAUUCUGUUCCUAUUUAUGCAGUGCCUCUGAAACAUAGUGGGGCCAAAUAUGACACUGUAAUUGCAAAAAUAGUUUCGCAGGCCAAUGGAUUUUUAAAGUUCUUGUAUUUGAAAAAAAGAAUUCUAGAUCUCAUUUAUUCACUUCUGCCUUUUAUGUGUUCCUUCUGUGAAUUUAACAAGCUGUCUUUUUGCUUAAAUACUGAGUACAUUACCGAGUUCUUUAUAUUAAAAAGGCAUUCUGGAAAGGUGAGGGAAUGGAGUUUUAGUUACUUUUGAAUGUGAAAUUGAAGGCUUUUAUAAAGUGGAUUCAGGUCUAAGAUCAAGUCAAGCAAAGGCAAAUUCUAAGACUGAGUCCCUUGGGAUCAUACCAAGGCCUAUGUUAAUAUUUAUGUUAUUUUAAGAAAGGGAGGAAUUUAGGCUUUUCAAUAGCUCAGUCUUUUAGUCUCAAUUCUCUGAAUAGUUUAAUAAUUGGUGUUUCGGCUCUGUGUAGAAAUCUUUUGGGAAUAUGGAUUUCUUUUCUCAUCUUAAGAUUCGAUAAAAUAAGACAAGUGAGUCUACAUGUGUGAGUUGUCAAUAACUCAAUUCCUUAGAAACUUCAUGGAGAAUGCCUAGAAUUGUGUAUUUCUUCAACAGCUGCCUAUCUUUGAGAGACUUAUACUUGGGGCUGACUAUGGGGUGCAGCAUCCUUGGAAGGGAUUCUGAGGCCUUACAAAUGCUGUUUUGCCACCUGACUAUGUGUUUGCAUUAGGACCAUACUAACUUUUACCAUCCACAAAUUAAAAUUAUUUUUUUGAGAUUAUGAAAAUCAUUCAGAUCAGGAAUACAUGAGAAUACAGUGGGCACAGUAAGGCAACAGUGUUGUGAAUGCAGUGACAGAGAUCUGUGUGUACAUUUGUAAUAAAGGCAUCUGUGCAGCAACAGGAUCAAUCCCUGCUCCACUUCUUGAGGAUAAUGUUUAUAUUUCUGGAGUAUCUAGAGUCCCGUUUCCUGGGCUUCACAAAAGUUAUUGAAUUGGUACUCUUGGGGACAGAGAAAGAAUUUGACCGUGGUUAAAAACCUUCUGGUUUCAGAGUAUCAAUAUCUACAUUUGAUUUCUUUUGAAAGCAAAGUAUUAGGGCAUAAAGUGUGACUGAUAUUAAAAUAUAAUUCUAAAAUUCCAAUACACUACAGUUUCAAGAAUAAAUAUUUGGAUAAUCGAUAAUGAAUAAAAAAAUGUCUUCUCGGCUUUGUUAUGCUAUCUCCCAAAGUGCACAGGUGGAAUAAAUUCACAGGGAACAUGGAUGGAGAAGGAAGUAGAAGAGCUUACAAUUUAAAGAUUGUUUACUCAUAAGUAUUUCUUUUAGCAGAAUUCGUGCCAAGUGAAGAAUGAGUUUAAGUUGACCAAAAGUCAUGUAACUGAUGUGAUAUAAUUACACAGCAUAGUGAGAAUGAAGGUAUUCAGGGAAAUUAUUCAGGAGUGCCACACAAAAAAAAUACCCACAAUAAAUCUAAUGCGUGUAGUUUGCAAGUGAUCUAGUACUAUGUCUACUCAGAUGUCUGGAUAUAACCGGCCUUUGUUUUUGCUGUCGUGGUGACAGAAAAAUGCAAACAUGCUAUUUUUCCUCUCUGGUGUGUCUGUGCUAACAAAUUGGAAAUUUUUGGAACAUCUUAGUGACCUCUGUAUCUAAAUGUUAUUUAUAAAUAAAACAUAUACAGCUUUGAAAUAUUUUAAGCAAAGUUUUCUAGACUCUGCUGUUUGGCUCAUUUUGUACAUGAAUCUUACCAUUAUUUGGCACCAUGAGAUUUCCAAGGCUGUUUUCAAACCCCUAGAUACCAUGACCAGGGGAAGUGUUUCUUUAAUGGGCCCUUCUCUGUUACUGUGUGAGGACAGCCAUGGGAUGGUGGGUCCUGAGGCUUGAAGGGAAAAGGAAGUGUACUAAGAAGUGCCCUUUUGAUCUCGAGAAUUAAAGGUAAGUGGCUGCCAUGUUCUUUGAGAUGGAAAAUCAACAGCAAGGAGAAAAUAUAUGGCUGAGUUGUUGGGAGGACACAAGAAAGUUCAGCAACCCCCAUUCUCAAUAGGUAGGUGCCAUGUUGGCAAAAUUCUAGGAAAGCUCAGUCAUAAAAAUAAAUGAUUUAAAGAUCUAUAAACUCUUACAGAUCUUUGAGUAUGAAGAAGAAGUUACUAGAUUUUACAAGGGGGCUAUAGAACUUCGUUUGAUACAGGAUUAAGGUGGAUUUCCACUUGCUUAUUGUCAUAAACCAGAUCACAGCUUUUAGUUUCCGAAAUGAGUGGGAACGUUUACUUAGUGAAUUUUAUUUUUCUGAUUUACAACAUACACAGGAUUCCCAUCUCUGUGUGUUUAGCUGUUGUCUUUUGCGUUGCCUGCCCCUAGGGUGGAACUAAAGAAAGAAAUCCUUUCAUGUUACUUUGCUUUGCUGUAAUCAUCUGUUCAGUGCAAACAUUGUUGUAAACUGAU